AUGGACAACGACCAGGAAGCGAAGGCAAUCGAGUGCCUCGACCGAGCUUACCUCAUGCUGCUUGAGCAACAUGUAGAGGGAGUUCAUACCCAACAGCUAUCGGCUUUCAACAUGGCACGAGUCGAAAUUCUGACGGACAAAGUUUCUGCUCUUGUUAAUCUGGGGCGAGCGGAGGAGGCCUUACAGAUAUUCAACGAAGCAAGAAGAGUCCAGGCCCUCCAGAGCAAAGAACCGUUCGAUGGCUAUAUGCUAGACGACAUAGCGUCGUUCGAGGAUGAAGAAAAUGCAUCGAAGCUGAUGGAGGUCCUUAAGAGUUGGACUGAUAAGGAGCGGAACACUUGGUUUGCCUAUUGUUUCGAAGAUGAGGUGCAGGAUGAUUCUGUGAUUAGUGUGCAAAGAGCAGCGAAGCUGACUGGACAGACUAACCUGCUACUCGAAUGGCUGACUGCUUCUGCCAGGGACCUUCCGCCGCAGAGCCUUCAUCUAUUCAAUCUCCGGGGGGCAAUUGCAUACAUCUAUUAUCCAGUCCUCGGGGAUAUCGACAGGGGCAAAUCGCUGCGGCAGGAAAUUCUGGCUAUGAAAACGAAACCGGAUCCUGAAUUCGAAGAAACCAUGAACGAGACAAAGACCCAACACCAGUUGCAGCUCGCAAACAUCCUUUUCUAUGAAUUUCAGAUGACCCCCGAUCCACUUCGAAAGGAAACCAUCAUGGAGACCCUGAGAGCACUGCCGAGUGCUCAUGGCGACAAUUACGACGAGCGGGAAUCCCAUGUCGGUAUGCUCUAUGCAAACAUGCUCCGAGUUAUAGGCCCUGCCAAAGACUAUCAGAAACACAUGGAUGAGCUCUUCAAGAAUUGCAUCGAUGGCCUUGAAGACAGUGUUUCCUGGAACGACUCGCCAAGUCUGCGACUACUAGCCAAGGUAUUAGCAUCAUUGGAUAGUCUCCAACGAGAUGCGAUGAUUGCUAUCAGUGCUCAAUUCUCCAUCUUGGAUCGCGCAAUACAUGAGGACAAUGCAGACGAUAUAGCAUCUGAAAGUUCGGAGGGUUUGGUCAACACGGGCGUUGCUGAGGCAGAUUGCGAUCAAGCGACUGCAGGGGAAGAAGAAAACCCUACAGCAAGCGACGAGACGUCAGAAAACAACCAGAGAGAUAAGUUGUCUGGAGUUGAUGAGGCAGAGUAUUCCGAUCGUAAAAUAGGGGAAGUGCUUGACCACUUGGGAGUUGCGGAUCGACCAGAGCCGACGAUAGAGGAGCCUGCCAAGCUUGACGAAGACCUUAGACAAGGGGCUAUAGGCUGUGAUGGGGAAUGCGGCAUGGAGACAUUGUCGUCGUGGACUCAACCGCUCUAUUACUGCAUGCUGUGUCCCAACACAGACAUAUGCGAAGGUUGCUAUUUCAAGCGCAUGAAGCAAACAAAAGGAGAGAUCGAAGAACCGUGGCUAAGCUUCUGUGGCGCGAACCAUCACUACAUCAAAGGCCCUAUGAAGGACUGGAAGGGUAUCAAGAAUGGUGUGAUCAGAGUCGGCGAAGAGGAGAUCGCGUUUAAGGAAUGGCUUCGGGGUCUGAAGGAGGAGCGAUGGCAGAAAGCUUGGGAGAUCUUCUGGACAAGGCAAAGUUGGUUGAAGGAUAUCGGAGUCGAGGAAUGA